AUGGAUGUCCUAGAAUUGGUUCACGUGGAAAACUCCAAGAGCGAGAGUCGUCCCUUCUGCUGUACACGGGAAGGUUGCAAUAAAGCAUUUGCAAGGAGAUCCGACCUAUCGAGGCAUGACCGAAUACAUACUAAAAUGAGGUGCAUGAACUCGCGUCGUGCCUUCAUGUUACUCACUUUUAACACUUUCGUCUUAUGUACGGUAGAUCUUUCAUAUGCGAAAAGCCCGGAUGCGGUAAAGGAUUCAUACAGCGUUCUGCGCUCACGGUUCACACCAGGACGCACACCGGUGAAAGGCCACACCACUGCAUGUAUCCUGACUGUAAUAAAUCUUUCAGUGAUAGCAGCUCCUUGGCGCGACACCGACGCAUUCAUGCUGGAAAAUUUCCAUACAAAUGUUUAUACGAGGGCUGUGGAAAAAGGUAGAUUUUUACGCUCGAAAAUCCAACCUAACAAGACACCACAAACAGAGCCACAUGUUAUCUCCGAAAACUCAAAAGUCCCUCGGUACACCAUUGAUCUGGCACACCUGUCUGGACUAUCA